AGAGUUUAGAUCAUUUACUUUGGAAUUCUAGAAAAGAAAAGAAAAAAUCAGAGCGCAUGAUGGAGUUCCCAUCUGGGCAUCAGUCUCACACCCACCACCACCGACGGAGGGAUGAUGAUGAUGACGACGAUGAACAAAGAGGGGAGAAUUACCCACCUCCAGGAACAACUGCCUUUGAUGACCCACCACCUCCACGACCUCCUCCAUCAUAUUACGGGGAAGAUGAACCACCACCUCACCUUACCCACGCCUACCACACCUCCCACGUGCCACCACCUCCACCCCACUCCCAAGAAUUCGAUCGCUACUCUGUUUUUCCAUCAGAAUCUCGUCCACCACCACCUCCACCCCACUCCCAAGAAUUCGAUCGCUACUCUGUUUUUCCAUCAGAAUCUCGUCCACCACCACCUCCACCCCACUCCCAAGAAUUCGAUAGCUACUCUACUUUUCCAACAGAAUCUCGUCCACCACCACCUCCACCCACCUCCCAAGAAUUCAAUAGCUACUCUGCUUUUCCAUCAGAUUCUGAACCACCACCUCCUGCUUAUACUACUACUAAUGUGGAACAUGUUGCUCAUGAUUCUCAAACCCAUCAUACCCAUCGUCCGCAUUUACCCUCCUUCCUUCACCAUGAAACCCACCAGUCUCCUACCUCUGACCUCUCCAACAAACGGACUUUCAGGGUCUUCUCCAAGGCCGAUCCCAACUACUCCCUCACUAUCCGAGAUGGCCAUGUCAUUCUUGCCACAUCUGAGCCGUCCGAUGACUUCCAGCACUGGUACAAAGAUGAGAAGUACAGCACAAGGGUGAAGGAUGAAGAGGGGUUUCCCUGCUUUGCUCUUGUUAACAAAGCCACUGGUCAGGCCAUCAAGCACUCCAUUGGGGCCACUCAUCCUGUGCAGUUGAUACCUUAUAGUGCUGAUGCUCUUGACGAGUCCAUCCUGUGGACUGAGAGCAAGGACUUAGGUGGCAGUUUCCGAGCUAUAAGAAUGGUUAAUAACAUUCGACUUAAUGUGGAUGCUUUUCAUGGUGAUAAGAAAUCUGGAGGUGUGCAUGAUGGCACUACCAUAGUGUUGUGGCAGUGGAACAAAGGGGAUAACCAGCAUUGGAAGAUCAUUCCCUACUGAUCUCUGUGCAGUGCCGUUGCCAUGCCUGAAAGCUGUAUUGUGUGUGUGUGUGUGUGUGUGUGUGUUUUUAAAAAAAUAAUGAGUUGGGAGGAAUCUGCUUGUUCUCUUUGUGAGUGUGUUUGUGUUUCUAUGUUCACUAUGCGUGAAAAUCUCUGUAAUUCAAUACAAGUUUUUAUGAUAUCUAUUAUAUAAAAAAUAAUCGCCAAUAUCUGCUUCAAA